AUGGGCAACCUCUGCGCCUGCCUCGCAACCCAACCCGCAAAGAAAAAACCCAUAAAGCGCCUCCCCAACCCGCCACCGCAAUCCAAUACCAGCAACCGGUGGACCCGUAUCCGAUCCUCCAGAAAAGAGAAGCUCGACGACGCUUUGAUCCAAGAACAAGCUCUCGCCGCCGCGAUUCUGUUCCAGCAGCACCAGCAGAACGGUUCUUUGCCCUUUGAUCGCUCUGCUUCGCUGCGGUACCCGAAUUCGAGCUCCAAGAAGAGCAGCAACGCCUUGCCCCGUAGCUCCAGCUCUCGGGCUCGCUCCCUCACCGACCCUCUCCUCCAGCCUCACCAGCUUGUUAACCAGGAUGUAAAGCUUGAUGAUCUGGAAACCAACCAUUUUGUCCUUGUACAUGGAGGUGGCUUUGGUGCUUGGUGUUGGUAUAAAACCAUAGCACUUCUGGAGGAGGUUGGUUUUAAAGUUACUGCCAUAGACUUGACUGGCUCUGGAAUUCAUUCAUCUGAUGCAAACAGUGUCACAAGUCUUUCUCAAUAUGUGAAGCCUCUUACUGAUUUUCUUGAAAACCUACCAGAGGGAAAUAAGGUAAUCUUGGUGGGUCAUGAUUUUGGUGGUGCAUGUAUAUCAUACGCAAUGGAGUUGUUUCCACAUAAAGUUUCAAAGGCCAUUUUUAUUGCUGCAGCAAUGUUGAAAAAUGGACAAAGUACUCUUGAAAUGUUCUCCCAACAGGCCACUUCAGAUGAUCUUAUGCGACAGGCUCAGAUAUUUUUGUAUGCAAAUGGGAAUAAUCAGCCUCCAACUGCUAUUGAUUUAGAUAAAUCAAUGUUAAAGGAUUUGUUAUUCAACCAAAGUCCUGCCAAGGAUGUCGCAUUGGCAUCUGUUUCGAUGAGGCCAAUUCCCUUUGCCCCAGUUCUGGAGAAGCUUUCACUUUCGGAUUUGAAAUAUGGAUCGGUGAGGCGGUUUUAUAUAGAAACAUCAGAAGACAAUGCCAUACCCAUCACAGUCCAGGAGAGCAUGACAAAAGAAAGCCCUCCUGAACAAGUCCUACGCUUGAAGGGUGCCGAUCACUCACCUUUUUUCUCAAAGCCCCAAGCCCUGCACAACGACACGAUAGAAAUGCCACCGGAAUCAUCAGUAAUUCAUGCAGUUGCAUUAGAUAGGAUGGCAAAAUUCAACCAUGAAGACAUGCUUGAAAGCAAUGAGACAUUAAUCCUUUUAGGAAGAGAAAUAAAAAUGGGGCGUGGACGUGGAGUCAGCUGCGGUGGUGGGCAAAGUUCUUUGGGCUAUUUGUUUGGAGGUGGAGAGACUGCUAAUGUUAACAAGACCCCAUCUAAAAGAACUCAAAACCCAGUGAGGGCAGCAGGGGAGGCUCCUUCUCAGAAUGAGACUGCUCCUGCUCCUGCUCCAGCUUCAGUUUCGUCACCGAUUGAUAAGCAGCAGAUAGCAGCAGGCCUCCAUGGCAAGCCUACAAACAAUUACCACCGAGCUGAGGGCCAGAACUGCGGCAACUUCAUCACGGAUCGUCCAUCUACCAAGGUUCACUCUGCUCCUGGUGGCGGAUCAUCGCUUGGUUACUUGUUUGGUAGUGGGAACUGA